AUGCAAUCGCACCCAGCAUCCCGGUCCUUCCAAACCAGAUGGUGCCACCCAAGUGGUGCGGACCAAUCAGCGGGGUUCCCAUCGGCCAACGUCGCGCAUUUCCGAUUGUGCGCCAUGCCGCCACCGAUCGCCGCCGACGAUUUGCUUGCCGCCGAGCAGUGGGUAUCGUUCUCGGAGCGAUCGUGCUGUGCAUCCUGCGCUCAUGCCUUUAGUACGGUCUUUCGCCAGAAACACAACUGUCAAUGGUGUGGCGAAGUCGUGUGCGGGCGGUGCCUUGUACAGCGCCGCGCGGAAGCGCUCGACACGUCCUUCGACGUGCGCAUCUGCGUCGACUGCGUCGCGGUCUGUGAAAAGCACGUGCACCAGGACGCGUCGUGCUUUGUGUGCACGCGGCGCUUUUCAUUGCUACGGCGCAAGUACCGCUGCGACGAGUGCGGCGAGGGCGUCUGCAAGAAGUGCCACGUGACCAAGCGCGACCAUACAAGUGCCUCGCGCGCCGUGCGCCAAGUCCGCGUCUGCACCAACUGCAUGCUACUGCGCGAGACAGCCCCGAAAGUAUGUUCGGUCAGCGCCGUGUCCCUUCUCGACUCGUCGGUGCGACACACUAUGGGCGACGUGCCGCUCCCGCCGACGAAGACGCGCGGCUUCACGUGCUCGAGAGCUACGCACUACUCGAUACGCCGCACGAGGCCGCGCUCGACGUCGACUGCAAGCUGGCGCGGAAGCUCAUGCGGUGCCCGAUGGCUGGUCUAA